AUGAUCAUGAACAGGCACGACAUUGAGCUCGUCGAACGUAGGAGAAGUCGCGUCACCCGCGCCGACUCCGCAUUCUCGCAACUUCCCGGGAGCUGCAUAUCCAACAUGUCCACGUCCCGCUCAUUGACUUACUUUGACAUCACCAUCGGCGGUCAGCCUGCAGGUUGUAUCGUCUUCCAACUGUACGAUGACACCGUCCUGAAAACUGCCGAGAAUCGUCAAGCCCGCGGUGGGAAUUCGGAAAUUGCAUAUAAGGGCCAAGUGGAGCGCCGCGACUAA